AGCCUCCGCUCGCUCGAUUGGCAGCGAGCACCGGAAGCGGCAGGGCGCCGGAAGCGGCGGCCGAGGGUUGUGCUGAGGCAGACGCGCCGACGGGCACGGGCGCGCGGUCUCCCAGGGACUGUAGGCGCGAGGCAGCCGUCGACGGUCGUGAUGGAGCGGGGCGCGGGCGAACGCACCGCCAGCGCCCUUUUCGCCGGGUUCCGGGCCUUGGGGCUCUUCAGCAGCGACAUUCCCCACGCGGUGCGGUUCAGUGCGCUGAAGCGCAGGUUCUACGUGACCACGUGCGUGGGCAAGAGCUUCCACACCUACGAUGUUCAGAAACUUAGUCUGGUUGCAGUAAGUAACUCUCUCCCACAGGACAUCUGCUGUAUGGCAGCUGAUGGGAGGUUAGUCUUUGCUGCUUAUGGGAAUGUUUUCUCUGCAUUCGCCCGUAAUAAAGAGGUAGUGCAUACCUUUAAGGGUCAUAAGGCAGAAAUCCAUCUUUUGCAACCCUUUGGGGACCACGUUAUCUCUGUUGAUACCGACAGUGUUCUUAUUAUUUGGCACAUAUAUUCAGAAGAAGAAUACCUGCAAUUGUCUUUCGAUAAGUCCGUAUUUAAAAUUUCUGCAAUUUUGCACCCAAGUACCUACUUGAAUAAAAUACUUCUUGGCAGUGAACAAGGAAGCCUCCAGUUAUGGAAUGUAAAAUCCAAUAAACUUCUAUAUACAUUUGCGGGAUGGAAAGUUGGAGUGACAGCGCUUCAGCAGGCACCAGCUGUGGAUGUUGUGGCUGUUGGUCUCAUGUCGGGUCAGAUUAUCAUUCACAACAUUAAAUUUGAUGAAACGUUAAUGAAGUUUCGUCAAGACUGGGGACCUAUUACUUCGAUUUCAUUUCGCACAGAUGGUCACCCAGUAAUGGCAGCUGGAAGCCCAUGUGGCCAUAUUGGACUCUGGGAUCUAGAAGACAGAAAGUUAAUCAAUCAAAUGAGAAACGCACAUUCUACAGCGAUUGCCGGACUGACAUUUCUCCACAGAGAGCCGCUUCUGGUCACAAACGGUGCUGACAACGCUCUCAGGAUAUGGAUAUUUGAUGGUCCCGCAGGUGAAGGCCGGCUUCUGAGAUUCAGAAUGGGACAUAGUGCUCCUCUUACCAAAAUAAGAUAUUAUGGACAAAAUGGACAACAAAUUCUUAGUGCAAGUCAAGACGGAACACUUCAGUCAUUUUCCACGGUACACGAAAAAUUUAACAAGAGCUUGGGGCAUGGGUUAAUAAACAAAAAGAGAGUCAAACGUAAAGGACUUCAGAAUACCAUGUCAGUGAGACUUCCACCCGUCACAGAGUUUGCAGCUGAGGAAGCUCGUGAAAGUGACUGGGAUGGUAUCGUUGCUUGCCAUCAGGGUAAGCUCUCCUGCUCCACCUGGAACUACCAGAGGUCUACCAUAGGCGCUUACUUUCUCAGGCCAGAAGGGCUGAAGACAGACAGCACAACUGCAACAGCAGUAGAUAUAACUUCCUGUGGAAACUUUGCUGUGAUUGGUCUCUCAUCGGGAGCUGUUGAUGUAUAUAACAUGCAGUCUGGUAUACACCGGGGAAGUUUCGGCAGGGAUCAAGCCCAUAAAGGAUCUGUCAGAGGUGUUGCAGUGGAUGGAUUAAACCAGUUGACGAUUACAGCUGGUAGUGAAGGAGUACUCAAGUUCUGGAACUUUAAAAACAAAGUUUUAAUUCAUUCUAUGAGCCUUGAUUCAUCUCCAAAUUUGAUGCUGCUACAUAGAGACAGUGGCAUUCUGGGACUUGCCUUGGACGACUUCUCCAUUAGUGUUUUGGACAUAGAAACUAGGAAGAUUGUCAGAGAGUUUUCUGGACACCAAAGCCAAAUAAAUGACAUGACUUUCAGCCCUGAUGGUCGUUGGUUAAUAAGUGCUUCAAUGGAUUGCUCUAUUAGAACUUGGGACCUUCCGUCUGGGUGUCUUAUAGACAGCUUCUUGUUGGACUCGGCUCCUCUUAAUGUCACUAUGUCCCCGACUGGAGACUUUCUGGCCACCUCCCAUGUCGACCACCUUGGAGUUUAUCUGUGGUCCAAUAUUUCCCUGUAUUCAGUUGUUUCAUUACGGCCACUUCCCACAGAUUACGUUCCUUCAGUAGUGAUGCUUCCUGGUACUUGUCAAACCCAAGAUGUAGAAUUAUCAGAAGAAACUGUAGAACCAAGUGAUGAAAUGAUAGAGUAUGACUCCCCAGAACAGCUGGGUGAGCAGUUGGUGACUCUGUCACUCCUUCCUGAAUCCCGGUGGAGAAACCUUCUUAAUCUUGAUGUUAUUAAGAAAAAGAAUAAACCAAAGGAACCACCCAAAGUACCCAAAUCAGCACCAUUUUUCAUUCCGACUGUUCCUGGUCUUGUACCCAGAUUUGCUGCACCUGAACAAAACAGUGGUCCUCAGCAGUCUAAAGUGGUAAAUCUUGGAAUUUUGGCUCAAAAAUCAGAUUUCUGCUUGAAACUUGAGGAAGGACUGGUAAAUAAUAAAUAUGAAGCUGCUGUUAACCUUCUGAAAGAAUUAGGCCCGUCAGGAAUUGAAACAGAGCUUCGAAGUUUAUCUCCUGAUUGUGGUGGUUCAAUAGACAUUAUGAAGAGCUUCUUGAAGAUGAUUGGGAUGAUGUUGGACAGAAAGCGUGAUUUUGAGUUGGCCCAGGCAUACCUCGCCCUGUUUCUGAAGUUGCACCUGAAAAUGCUUCCUUCAGAGCCAGUACUUCUGGAAGAAAUGACAAAGUUGGCGUCACAGUUGGAAGAAAACUGGAUCCAUUUACAGUCACUUUUUAAUCAAAGCAUGUGUGUUUUAAAUUAUAUUAAAAGUGCUUUGUUAUAAAGUUAGGUAGCUAAGUCAAAGACUUUUACAUUAAAGAGGUUGAAUCUAACUCAUACCCUUGCUUUCCAAGUUUCAGUGUGAAAGGAAAGUAAAUGCUACCACUACUGACUAGUCAGCCACUGUGACUCCACUUCAAAUGCUGAAUACUUUCUUGAAAUAAAGUUACACCUGUCUUUUGUUUUAAAGAUGUAAAGAGUCUUCUCCAAUGAAGACUGAGUUUCAUUUUCUGAGUUUCUUCAUCAGUUACUUGGAUAUGACUUCUUUUGAAUUGUCGUCACCAAGCUUGUGUUUUUUGAAUGUUUGUAACAUACUGAGACAUGCUGGUAUAUCUCAUGUAAAGUAUUACCAAGUUAAACUGAAGUUAAAAGUGAUAUAUAGUUUAAAAAGUGCCUUCAUGUUAUGAGGUAAAAAGACAUGUGUCUUUCCUUAGUGGCCUUUGAUGAAAACAUAGUUAGAACACUGGCCCAGUCCUCUCUCCAUUGUGCCCUUUCUAAAGGAACUUAAAUUUUUUAAUAUGAGAGGUGCUUUCACAAGGCAACUUGCUAUAGCAGGCAGUUGAACAGAUACCUGGAAUUGGUAAGGGAAAUUCCAAAUUCCAUUGAAGAUAGUCUUCAAAGAUCUUUCUUCCCCACUCAUGACCUUUUUAUUUCGAAAGAAACUGCUGACUGCAUUUUUCUAUUGUAACUAUUGUGAAACCAGACAGCUCUGGCACUUUUCCCUUUUUUCAUCAUUGUUGUUUGUGUGGUUUAAGACUUCAGCAAUAUGUGAAUUAAUAAUAAGCAAUUCUUAAAAGCUUAUUUUAAGAACAAAAUAAGAAUAUAAAAAGUUCAAACUUUUGAUAGUUAAAAGUAGUGUCAUUCAUAAAAUUCAGCUGGUUGUACCUGAAUGCCAGUACCAUCCUAAUUAGGAUAUAGUUUUACAGAAUAACCUCCGAAGGAAUAGUCUUCACAAGAAGCUGAUCAAUAAUAACUUUAAUUAUCAAAGUUUUUUGUUUAAUGGUGAAGUGUUUUUGUUAAAGGUAGAAUUAUUAAUAGUAAACUGCUAAAGAAAUAAGCCAGUAUUGUUUUGUACUUUGUUCUUUUAGAAAUGUAUAUAAACUUAGUAAAGCCAUUGACUUAAAUGUUAAUAAUGACUUAAGUUCUAACUCUAAUAACUGUAUUUCCCCUUGCCCCAAAUACUAUAUUCUAAAGAUAUGGCAAAAUUUCAGUGUACAGUUAUGUAGAAUGUGAGGAUUGUAUAGGUCUCCUGCAUUGCAGGUGGAUUCUUUAUUGUCUGAGCUACCAGGGAAGCCCAAGAAAACUGGAGUGGGUAGCUUAUCCCUCCUCCCGGGGAUCUUCCUAACCCAGGGAUUGAACUGGGGUCUCCUGCAUUGCAGGCAGAUUCUUUACCAGCUGAUCUACCAGGGAAGCCCUAAUUAUCACUUAAGUUCUAAUUUUAAAAACUGUUUCCCCUUGCCCAAAAUACUAUAUUCUAAAGAUAUGGCAAAAUUUCAGUAUACAGUUAUGUACAAUGUGAAGAUUGUAAAUAUCUAAAACAAUAAUAAGAGUUCUAAAAUGAAAUUGUAUUACUGUGACAAAUCUUGAACUUUCUUUUUCAAAUGAAAAUGCAGGAGUUCAGUAUAUUGUUUCUAUUGGAGAUAGCUUUAGAUAGUAUUAAAGCAUCAUUUUGGCAGGUAACCUUUCAGAAUUUUUCCUGUAUGUUUGCCAUCAAAGGAAAAUUUUGGGGAGGAUAUGUUUUUUGUAAAAUGUAUCAGUUUGUACAUGCUGCUUUUUCUUUACCUUUUCAAUUGCAAAUGUAGUAUAUGACUGCAUUUUACUUGUAAAAACAUCAGUCUAUUUUUGAUUAACACUCAAUCCCAAUACCUUCCCUAGAAGUAAAAUUGCUAAUUUUCCAUUUAGUCACUGCCAUGUUUUCUGUGAAUGUAUAUAUAUGUAAUUGCUACAGGAAAUGUAUAGCUUCAGUUUUUACAUAGAUAUAUGCAAAUCAUUCUGCAGCUUUUCUACGUGGUCUCUUUGAAUAUAAUUUCACCUAAUCUUACCUGUUGAUUUUUGUAUAGUGUUCCACAACCUACUUAGCCUAUAAUGGACACUAGGGUAGUUUACUGCCUUUUUUUUUUUUUUCUAUUUUCAAACAAUACUAAAAGAGUAUCAUCCUGUAUGAUUAUAUGGACAUGUAAGGAUUUAUUGUAUGCUUAAGCUUUGACUUGGUGAGCCAGAGUUAGGCAGUUUUAAAGAGAUACUUCAGUGGUUAAAUUUUUUUUUAAUUUAUAGGUGAAAAUUUGUCAUUUUUAUUGUUUAUGUUUAGGAAAAACCUUUACUAGUAGGUAAAGGUAAAGAUGGACAUCUUUUCAUAUAUUUGCUUUAGACAUGUGAAUUGCCUUUUGCCAACACUGCUCAUUUUUCUGUGAAUGAUUUGUCUUUUUAUCUCAUGGCUUAGUUAGGAGUUUUUCAUGUAGUUUGGAUAUAGAUACUAGUAUUUUUACAUCUGUUUCAGUGUUUUCUCCCAGUCGGUCACUUGUCUUUAGUUUUACUUUUGGUAUCUUUUUUAAACAGAUGUUUUAUAUUUAUAUAUAGUUAAAUUGAUAAAUAUUUUUACGACUUUUAUUACAAAGUAUAGAUAGAGCAUGUUCUGUGUUUUCUUCUAAGUUAAUUAUGUAUACAUCUAGAUCUCCAUUUGGAAUUAAUUUCUGUGAAGAGUGCAAAAUACAAAGCUUCUAUUCAAAAGUCCAAAAACUAUUUGUUUAAAUCCAUUCUUCCUGAUUUGGGGUGCUGUUUUAUUAUGUGUUAAAUUCUCUAAUUAAGGCAUUUAAUUUUCCUAAUAAAUAAUGCAUUGUUUAAAUUACA